AUGGUUGAGUCGUCCCUUCGCACCGCCAACGAAGAUCAAGAGGCAAAGAAGGCGUGGGACAACAUCAGAAGGAAGAAACUGAUGCCCAAGCUCAGAAGUAUAUUCCUCGCCCUGGACACGAGCGGCGAUGGAGAGGUGGACCUCAGCGAGAUCCUGAACGCCCCGCCGGAGGUUCGGGAGGCCAUGCAGCACAUAGUGGGCCUGGACGAGCUCGAGGAGGUGUUCCAGUUGUUGGACUACGACGGGAGCGGCAGCAUAGAUAUCGAAGAGUUCGUGGAAGGAAUCAUGCGCUCGCAGGCAGAUAAGCCGUCGGAGCUCUUCGUGCUCGUGAAGCAGGGCAGGGCGAUCCUGGAUAGGCUCAAGGGCGUGCAAUUGCGGAUUUCUGCUCAGCAUGGUUCCGAUGGCGACUCACGUAGGUCCAGUGUCAGUCUGGUCGAGAAUAGUAAGGCAGAACAUGGGCCGAAGCUGAUGUGA